CGAUGAAAACCAUUCUCUUAUUUGCAUCAUUCGUCUACUAAAUGAGUGGAAAAAUGACAGACAGUGCUAGACAUUGCACUCUUGAGGACAUUUAAAGUGAAUGUCAUCUUUCUCGAAGCGCUUUGUUCAUUUGUCCCGCUACUUCCGACGUAAUUGCGCUGCAUAUAUCAAGAUACACAGCGGAUGCCGAAGCGCAACAACCCGGAAUCUCCUACUGAUUCGGUAACUGGAGUGUCGGGAGAUGAGUCUCAAUCGAGCAGUGUAACAACUCGUAAACGAUGUCGUCUGGCUAAUGCUUCGCAGUUGGAUUUGUGUCAAGAACUGUUUGAUCGAAUUCGGGCAUAUCGUGGGGAGGAUGGCUCAUUAUCUGAAACAUUUAUGCGUCUACCGACAAGAAGGUCAAAUCCAGAUUAUUAUGAAGCAGUAAGAGAACCUAUGGAUUUAGCUCGUAUUCAAGCAAAAAUUAAGGCAUGUGAGUAUGAAAGCGUUGAUCAAAUGGCUACGGACGUUAAUUUAAUAGUAGCCAAUACAAAAGCAUUCUAUCCAGCCUCAACAACUGAGUUCGCCAAAGCUGUUGAAUUACAAGAUGUUUUUGGCCACGAGCGUCAGGUUCUUCAAUCAAUAACUACCAAGAGUACUGAUUCCACUACAAGUUCAACAAGCAGUAGCGUUACUGAUAGGCGUGCAACUCGCAGGCGUCCAUUCGUUACCGAAGAACGAGAUGAAGAAGAGGCUGAAACUUUGUCAAUCGCAGCUUCAGAUGAUUCACGUAUUGCUCCAUCAGAAGUUAGCACUAUCAAUUUAACAUCUAGUCAACCAAGUUCAACACAGUUGGAUAAUCCAUAUGAACUAUUAUUUGCUUCUAUUGCAAAAUAUGUAGGCGAAAAUGAUCGUCCAUUAGCCCCAACAUUUACUCAUCUACCAUCUAGAGAGCUUUAUCCUGUGUACUACGUUGUUAUCAAGGAGCCAAUUGACUUAAGAAUGAUUGCCAGACGGAUUUCGUCUGGAAAAUAUAAUUCCAUGGAUGAGUUGGAAAGAGAUUUUUUACUGUUAACUCGGAAUGCUAAAACUUUUAACGAACCAAAGUCAGUUAUCUACCAGGAUGCAGCAACAUUGGCCAGAAUUUUGAAGGGUAAACGUAGUGAAGCAGAACAUCCUCCAGUUCGAACUAACCGGGAGCGUGGAAAGCGUGCAUCUCGUUUAAAUUACAUACCACAUGAGGUUGUGGAGCAGUUUGCUUCAAUGCCUGACUUAUCUGAUCCUCCGGACAGUUCAAGCCAAAUAGAUGAAUGUACUGAAGCAGCUUUUGAACUUUCUGGGGAUGAUGAGGAUACUCGAGCAACUGGUACAUCUCAAAGCUGUUCAUCUGUAGCUUCAAUGUCCAUAAAAAGAAAACGUGGACGCCCUCGUCGUAAUCCCUAUCCUGAAGAUACAAUAAAACGAAGUCCAUCAAGAGAACCUCUUUCUCCAGCAAGCAUGCAUUCUCAGUAUAGUACAAGUGCAACUGGUGAACUAGGUGGAACUAAUUUACCACAUUCAUGUGCUUCACGAGCCCAUAGACGCUUACAAGAAAAACUUUUACAAGUCGUAUUGGAUGCUCUUAAUGAAGAUGGUCAACCAAUGUCAACACCAUUUUUCCGACUUCCUUCUAGAAGAUUAUAUCCUGACUACUAUGAGGAGAUUACCAAUCCAUUAUGCCUCUCGAGUAUUAAGAAGAAAAUUAAGAGAUAUGAAUACACUUCAUUAGAUACUGUUCUCAUGGAUUUAGAUAUAGUAUUCAACAAUGCUCAACAAUAUAAUGUUGAACAAAGUGCAAUACAUCAGGAUUCUAUUCGUUUGCAAGAGAUUGCCCAUAAAAAGUGUAUAGAACUUAAGAAUUCAGAAAUAGCAUUGAACAUUAAACCAGAUAAUCCAGAUACAGUUCCAUUCAGUCCUAAUGGAAAUAAUCUAACUGUAUCAUCAACUACACUGUCAGAAGGCAUAAAUUAUCCACAAUAUGAUCAAACUCCACUUAGACGAUCUGGACAUCAAUUAGUUACAGGAGAAGAGGCUACUUUAAAAAGACUGCAAAAUUUAUACAAAACUGUUUACUAUUUUCGCGCAAACGAUGGACAUUAUCCUCGAGAUACAUUUGUAAGCUUACCAUCAAGGGAUGUACAUCCAGAUUAUUACCAAGUAAUUUCUAAUCCAAUAGAUUUAACAAUGAUCAAACAUAAAAUGGAUGAAGGAAAAUACUCGUCACACGAUGAAAUGGUUCUUGAUCUUCAAUUGAUGUUUAACAAUGCUUGGAAUUAUAAUGAAGAAGGUUCGUCAGUUUAUAAUGAUGCAAAGCUUUUGGAUUCGAUUGUUAAAAAGCGCUUGAGGACUUUUGUCUCAUAUAAUGGCAAUGUUAAUCGACCAAUAACUUCUCGUAGUUCACUUACUACGGAACCUUUAACACAACAGUUGGAUGGUUCAAAUAUUCAGUCACAUGCUAGUUUAGUCAAUACUGUUCCUGCUGUUCAUCAUCAACAAUCUGGUCAACCAACUUGUUCACUCUUACAACGUGUCAUGUUGGAGCUUUUUCAGGCAGUUCGUGAAUAUCAAAUCAACGGGAGAGUUUUAUCUAAUCCGUUUAUGCGUUUACCAACUAGAAAUGAGCUUCCAACUUAUUAUGAGUUUAUUAAGAAACCCAUAGAAUUACAAAGUGUGGCUAAACAACUGGUUCAAAUGAAAUAUACGGAUUUUGAAGAGUUCGCUGGUGAACUUUUUCUGAUGUUUGACAACGCAUGCAGAUUUAAUGAACCUGAUUCACAGAUUUAUGCGGAUACACUGAUACUUCAUCGGGUUUGUCUUGCCAAGCGAUCAUUAUUAUUGUCUGCCCAUCAGCAGUCACUUUCAAUACCUCCAUGUGUUGCUCCUGAUGUUUCUACUGGCUUACGUCGUCUGCUGACUAAUCUUCAUAAUGCAAUGUUAACGGCUUGCGAUGCAGAUGGUCGAGGAUUAGUAGAUUCAUUAAUAGCUGGUGAUGGUACUGAAUCUAUGCUUACUUCAGUGACUGCAGCUCGUUUGGCUGCGCUUCAUCGUGCAGUGGCAGAAGGUUCUUAUCAUCGUCUUGAUAGUCUUCAGUCAGACUGGCUUGGGAUAUUGGCUAGAGCCCGAAUCGGAGAAGGAUCUGAUCAACCAGCGGAAGUGAAAAAUCCUUGCCCUACUAAACAACAACGAUUAGAUGCUGCUGAAUUAGCUCACCGUUGGGUUCGUCUUAGGGAUGAAUUAUGCCAUCGGAGAUCGGGAACUCAAACUUCACCAAAUAAUGAGUCUGGAUCUGUAUUACCUUCUCAUGUGGUUUUGUACAGUCCUGCCUUGUCGUAUACAGAAGCAGCCUUAGAACGUGAUAUUACUGAAGAAAAUGCAAACCAUAAACUUCCAGUUUAUGAUGAUGAGAACGGAGAAGAAACUUUAAAUCCACUUUCAGAUGGAGAAUGCGAAUUGAAACAUUUCGAAGCACGUGGUCAAACGUAUCAUGUUGGAGAUUAUGUAUAUGUUGAACCGAUGCGACCCAAUGUUACUCAAUGCCAUAUUGGUCGCAUAACACGUAUUAGCCGGGUAGAGCAUUCGCUGUCCAAAAUCGAAGAACAAAUACCUAAUAAAGAUCAAUCGAAAAGGGAAAACAGUUGUGAUAACAUUGAAUCGUCUGUGAAGGUCGACCAUCCUUAUACAAUCAAUGUUCGACUGUCUAUGUAUUUACGACCAGCUGAAGCACAUCCUUCACGUCGAAGGCGUCUUUUAGCCGCUGAAGUUUUUCGUACAGCUCUUGGUGAGACAGUUCAAAUUAAUCAAAUAAUGGGACGUUGUCUUGUGAUGCAUAUUUCGCAAUUCAUUCGUUACAAGCCAAAAAAUCUUGAAGAACGUGAUGUAUUUAUUUGUGAAUCUCAGUUCUCCAUUACAUCCCAGUUAUUUACGAAAGUCAGGGACUGGAAUAUUCCACUUCCGACUGGUAUUGAAUUAGAAGCUAGAUCUACCCCAUUUGUACCAACACGUUUACCUCCAAAUGAACCUUUAGGAAAUGCCUUAGAACAGGUUAAUAACAGUUUGUUCGUUCAAAUGCAUUAUCCUUUGCCUCAAACUUUGAAAUCCAUUGUUCUUGAGGAUCUUACUGAAACUGAAGGAACUGUAGUUUAUGAGCAAUAUGUUCAUGAGAAUGGAUUUUCAGUGAAACUGGGCGAUUUUCUGUAUGUCCCCUCCACUAAUGGAUCUUCUGAACGUUCUAUUGUGCGAGUCGACAAACUAUGGAAAUCCUGCGCUCAAAAUGCUAUUUUAUUUACUGGACCAUGGUUCGUUACUUCAUCUUCAGUAGAUCAUUUACCAACACGUUUAUUUUAUCCUAAAGAAGUAUUUCUUACUGGGGCUGAUCAUGCUACUUAUGCGCUUGCUUCAGCUACAGGGAAAUGUUAUGUUAUGCGUCCAUGUGAUUACUCCCAGGCUCGCCCCACUGAAAUACCGGAGCAUGAUAUUUACAUGUGUGAUUCAAAAUAUUUUGAAACUGAGAAAGUAAUUCGUAAACUUAAGAAAGGAUUAAAAAAAUUUCAAUUUACAUCAAACAAUAUACAUGAAGAUGAAUUUUAUUUCUUUCCCCAACAAAUCAUGCCUCGAAAAGAUGCAUCACCUCUUUUGGCUCAAGCAUCUACUGAACCACUUCAGAAUGAUCAAUUAAAUCGUCCAGUGUCUCUGGCAUUUACUUGCGCACUUGCAGCAGCAGCCGGAACUACUACCAAUAUGGUUGCUGCUCCAAUGAUUUCUCUUCCCAAUUUAUCACCUGUUGAUGCAGCGAAACAAACUGACCGCAUACCUACUGGAUUAAUAGGUGAGAGCUCAGGAUCUAGUCCACUUAUAGGACAUAGUACAAAUCCAGUAGUGGGUCACACACCAGUUAACGUUUUACCUACCAGUAAUAAUGCAUUAGUUCAUGGUAUAACUUCAUCAGCUCAACUCGAUGCGCUUACUCGAGCUUUCAUAGAAAAUAACGUAGAUCGUACAGGUAAAAAGAGGAAAAUCCGUAAACCACCGUCAGGUUAUGUUUUAUACGCUGGUGAAAUUAGAAAGAAGUUAUUACAAGAACGACCUGAUGCUCCAUUCGGCGAAAUAUCUCGUGAAGUUGGUCUUCUGUGGCGUCAAAUGCCCACUGCUCAACGUGAUUUAUAUGAACAAAAGGCGCAUCUAAUUAGACAACAUAUGGCUGAAGAAGAAAUGCAAAUGAAAGCCAGAGAACAAGAACAAGUUCAACUUCAUAUUCAACAGCAAAUAGCUGCUACAUGUAUUUCAUCACAUAACAUUAGUGGAACAAUACCUCUUCAGUCUUCUGCUACAGCUAUUAAUCCGUCUUCGUCAUCUAGAAUGCCUGUCACUGCUACAGCUGCUACUAUGCAGUUUUAUCAAACACCGACUGGUCAAGUCAUUCAAAUUGUCCAUGCCUCCUCAACAACACCUAGUGUAGUUGGGCAUAAUGCGUUGCCAGCUCAAACAGUUACUGCAUCUCUUGCUCAGCCUGCUAAUAUUGUUCAAACUACAUAUGCGACAAUACCUGCAAUUGCCUCGGCUUGUCCAGUUGCCACUCCAACUCAUCAGGUUGUUUAUCAACUUUCGAACCAACAACAUGGCAUUCUUCCGAAUGGGACCGUCGGUUCUGGAACACCACAACAACCGUUUUAUCAACCUCAACUUCACCCACAAACUCAACAACAGCCACAACGGGUUUUGGUUGCAUCUAGCGUGUGUUCUACACCCACUAUAAUGGGUACUGUUAUUGGAUCAGGAACUACUGUACCACCCGUUUUACCUGUGGGUACAAAUACAGGUCCUUCUAUGCCUAACGUUCAACAGGCCCAGAUACUUUUAGGUUCAACAGGAUCUGUAUCUUCAACAGGGUUUCCGGCUUUAGCACAAGGUGGUUUAGUAACAACGACAACUCCGACAUUAAAUCAACCUCUGUUACACCAAGGAGUAGCUGUUGCAGCCGUAGGUGCUCCCCAUAUUGUUCAACCACCUGGACCAACUUUGGGAGCUUGUUCUCAAGAUUAUGCGCCACAAGUACAACCGCAGUACCAGUUGGUACAACAAGUUCCUCAAAGUCAACCACUCGCUCCGAACGUAAUGGCUUCUGUUUCAGUUGUUCCAGGAACACAAUUCAUUCAAUCUCAACCCCAAACCAUUCCAACUCAACCUCAAACGGGCCGCCCAUCUUCUCCAAUGUUUGUAUCGGUUCCACCUCGAACUUCUCGUGUACUUCAUUCUGAAAUUUACCAGCGUUACAUUAGUCGUUUACGUAAGAAUACUCCAGGUGGAUUAGGUGAUUGGCAUAACCAAUUGUCAGCUUCUCUAGAUACAGCUCCACCAGUUCAACCAAAUAUAGCUAAUCAAUUAAUAGGAAAUUUCUUUACUGAUCCUAAAAAGGUUCAAAGUUGUUCAGUAACUGAAGCAUUAUGGAAUUUACGUGAUUAUUUAUUAGAGGAUGCUCUAAAAAUUCGUUUACGUUGUUUAAAUGCUGCAGAAUGUUAAUAAUCAAAUGUCAUUUUUGUAAUGAUUAAUUAUUGCAUUUCACUUUUUUAUCGUUACGUUUUUUUUUCUUCAUUUUUCCAACAUAAAUUAUGUGCAUGUAUGACAUUAUUUAUUAAUUGUACUUACUGGGUGAAUUCAUAAUGUGUAACAUCCAUUCAUCUUUUGUGUCAUUAUUUAAUGAAUAUUUAAUGUGUUUUUUUUUAAAAAAAAUUGUUACGUCUUCAUAUUUAUAUUUUUGACUAGUAUGUUAAAAGAGUCUAUAAGAUUGAAGCAAGGAAUCGACUGCAUUUAUCGAACAUUUUCUGGCUUCUGGAAUCUGCUACUAUAGUGAAAUAAAUAAGUAUUUUUUGUUUUGUUUUGAAGGUGAUGAUAUCAAGUUGUAAUUACACUUCCGAAGCAUACUAUAAUUCUCAUUGUUUAUCAUGAAUCUUCCAUGAAAUGAAUUGGCUUUAUGCAUAGAAUACUUCAGCAUAAUCAUUUUUUUUCAUUCAGUAUAUUUUCUUAAACUGUACAUUUUCAUUUAAUUGUCGUUAUUUUUGACAAAUAAUGGCAAGAAAUUUCACAUAGUUUGCAGUAAACAAAGUCAGUUAUAAACAACAUAGAACAACUUGCGACAUAUUUGCAUCAGUUUAAGGUACUAUACCAUAUCAAUAUAGCGAGAUGAAAUAAUAAAGACAUACAGAAUUGUAGAAUCAUGAACAGUAUCGGUGGUUGUAGAAAACAUUAAGUAUAGACAGUAUAAUUUGAGAAGGAAUAAGUGUUGUAAAUUUGAUCAGGAGCGAUUUCGAACUAGAUAUGACGAUUAUUUUAACUUGAACAUUCCUUCGAAAUUGCAAAAUCCUAACGUGAUAGUAAACUAAAUGAGUGAAUGCCCACGAUCCCUCUUCAACACUAUGCCUCCAAUAUUCCUGACUCAGGCCCAAACUAUUGUGGUGUGUAACACUUGUACGGACAGAUUUAAAUAGUAUGUAUCAGGAAUCGGAAGUAGGGUUCUUUGGAAUAGCAGAGAAAGAAAAACAGAAAUCAGUCGAACGCAAAGACGAUAGAGUUUUUAAGGGACAGCUCAAGGAAGACGUGCAAAUGUAUUGUUUUCAUAUUUUACAAAUGCAGUGUAUGGUUUUGCUUAAUACAAUAAAUGGGUUUACUCUUGCCAUGUAUUCGUUCAUUAAGUUAAGAAUCAGACAUAAUCUGUCUGGC